UGGGGCUUCCUGUCAACAAGUAAAGCAACAUCAACACCAAAAGAUGGCAUCACAAAUAACUGCUAAAAAGCAGCAAGAACUGCAGAACCAAUACUCCGCCUACAAAAACGGCCUCCAACAGAUCGCACAGAAGAUUGGGGAAGUGGAACAGGAAGCUGAGGAGCACAAGCUCGUGCUCGAAACUUUGACCCCUCUUCCAGGCGACCGAAAAUGUUUCCGCAUGAUCAACGGCGUUCUGAUCGAGAGAACUGUUGAGGAUGUAGUGCCAGCGCUGAAGACCAACUCUGAGGGUUUAGGCAAGGUGCUGGAGGAUCUGGUUAAGUCGUAUAAAAGACAACAGGAGGAGAUGGAGAAGUGGAAGAAGAAGAACAAUAUCCAGGUUGUCCAGCAGUAGAUACGAGGGCUAUUGAAGGGUGGCGGAGCUUCGAACGAAGGCAGUGACCUGCUGAGAACGGCCACUGUGGAGGCAUAGCGACGGCGUCAGGAGUCAAUACUACUAAGGACCGAGUUGAUAGAAAAAUAUCAUGCACCAUUACGAGCUACGACGAAUGCUUAGUCUGAAUGCCCUUCACGCUUCACCGUGUUGGAAGGCUUGUGAAGGCCAUCAUAAAACUAACUUCUGCCGGACUUCAAAUCUGUGAAGGGAAUCUACUUUUCGGAAUUUCACACAUUUCCUCAGUCAUAUCAAAUCCUUCAAACAAGCCGGCCCAGGCCGUCGCCCUCCCCGUCAAGAAUAAGCCUAGCCAACAGCAUUGAUGCGUUGGCACAGUGCAGCCUUGAAGCGGCUAGAGCGUCUCGCUGCCCAACCACAGCCCCGACCAUGCAUUGCUACCAUAUCACAAGGCUGCCAUGGGCUCCAAAAGCAAAAAUUAGUUGUUGUCGCAAUCGUCACAUUUUCACAAUGCAUUAGCCUCAUUCCUAAGUCACAGGGAAUAUGUCACAGCCUCGCAUCGAUUGUUUCUCACACCGUGCGUUAGCCUCCUUCAGCCCAUUCACCGCUCUUGCAGGUUGAUUUGACGACGACAGGAUUGCCCCGAAAAAACAGGCGAGAGGACUGGUAGCCAUCCCAUGGAUGUCGGCGACUGCCAGCCCCUACGUACAAUCUCGGAGAUGACGGCUUGGUGGAUGUUAGAUUCCAGAUGUACCUCCCUCACCGUCACUCACGCACAUGGAGUAUCUCCAGGCUUCAGGGGAAGACUAGGUACAGGCCAUUUCUCGCCAUUGUGCAGCUGGGAAAACAUGUACUCAGUACAUCUAGGCAGGUCACUGGUGCUAUUGGCUGCGUAACUUACCUCUCUAACAAUGCAUUGUGGUGUUUGUGUGUACAUAACCGUCAUUUUUGGACUCGGUAUGGUAUGUACCAUAACAACUACUUGACGCGAAAAGCGUGGUAAACAUGGAACAUGGCAACGGAGGGAUAUAAUAUAUGUAGCUGGAAUGAAUAUGUG